AUGGCUUUCCCUCUCCCCGCCCGCAGCACCACUUUUAAUCCCGAAUCACCAACAGCAUUUCUCGACGAGAAAGCUGACGAGUCGAAGCUUGAGACAGCCUCCUACAAGCGCCCUGUGUCCGAUGCCGAUAUGUUCGAGCUCUUCUCUUAUCACGAGCGCAAUGCUGGACGCCUUGUGGUCGACCCAAAGCAAGCCUUGCAGACUGUUUCCCUGGAAGCAAGAUUGGAGUUCGGUGACGAGAUUGCGAAGAAGCUCAAGCUGUCAGAGGACGGUACCGUAGUCCUUUGGCCACAACCAACAAACGAUCCGGAAGAUCCUCAGAAUUGGAGCACUGCCCGCAAGAGCAUGCAACUGUUUGUCAUCACUUUGGCAGCUAUUGUACCGGAUUUCGACUCGGGGAUCGGCGUGGCGGCUAUCUACGGACUUGCUCGGCAAUACGACUCUACGACAGGAGAGAUCAAUAACUUGACGUCUAACUGGAGCAUCUUUCUACUUGCAUGGGGAUGCGUAUUCGCCGUGAUGCUCAUUCGUCGCUUUGGUCGAUUGCCAGUGCUUUUCUGGUCUCAGGUACUAGCCCUUGGCUUCUUGUUAGGAUGCACAUUUUCCCCGAACUUGGCGACCUUCACUGCGAUGCGCUGUUUGACGGCAUUUUUUGGAACAUGUCCACAAGCAGCUGGCUUGUACACUGUGACCGACAUGUACCCGUUCCACCUGCAGGCGCGGAAGCUGAAUAUCUGGACCAUGGGAUUCCUCGUUUCACCGUUCCUGUCGCCGUUCCUUUUCGGGUUCCUAUGUGCGCGUACGAGCUGGCGCUGGGCGUAUGGAAUAGGCUCGAUCUAUGGCGCUAUCGUUGUGUUCUUUAUUGCGGUGUUUGGCGAAGAGACAAUGUACGACCGUACACUGCGGAACCCAACCCCAAUCCGGCGCCCAAAGUCACGCCUGCGGUACAGGCUAGAGACUCUAGUCGGCGUCACAGGUCUCAAGAUGGCGCGUUAUCGUGCAAGCUGGCGUGACGCUGUACUGGCCUGCGCAGAUCUCAUAUGGAGGCCGCACUUACUGGGGAUCCUAUUGUUCGAGGGAUUGGCAUUCGGCUUUUCCAGCGUCGGACUGAAUACGACCAUGGUAGUCUUUCUCGGUCUACCUCCUCCGAAUGGCUACGGCUUCAGCGAAAUUGCAAUCGCAGGGACGUAUGGGACCCCGAUAGUCGGUGUCUUACUCGGCGAGCUUCUAGGUCGAUACUUCAACGAUUGGGUUAUGAAUUUCUGCGUCAGACGCAAUAAGGGUGUAUUUGAGGCUGAAAUGCGACUUUGGACCAUUUAUAUCGCUGUCCCCCUGUAUAUCUGUGGCUUCGUGGUGCUAGGUGCUGCUUUGCAAGAAACACUCAGUAUCGGUGCAUUGGUCAUGGGAUGGGGAAUCGCCAUGGUGUCGAACAUGAUCUGCACCGUGGCAGUCUACGCCUACUGCAAUGAUUGCUUCCCAACCCGACAGGGUGAGAUCGCGGCCCUGAUUAACUUCGCACGCACUAUGGGAGGGUUCUCGGUGGCCUAUUUCCAAGUCCCGUGGGCGGAGAAAAGUGGGGCGCUGCAGACUUUCGGCGUGGAAGCAGCGAUUGUGACAGGGCUCUUCAUUAUCAUCGUGCCAGUUCUACAGUUGAAAGGGUCUUACUUGAGGAGGAGGUUCUCUAUUUUAUAG